AACUUGAGGCGGAGGGAGCGUGGCUUGGCUCAACAAGGCGCAAUGACCGAGGAGGUUCCAGCCGCACCUGUCGCUGCUCUGCCGGCCGCCAAGGCUCCGGCCAAGAAGGGUAAGAAGGCGGCGGCGGCGGGCGCGCCGAAGCCCCGCAAGGCCUCGGGGCCCAGCGUGACGGAGCUGCUGACCCAGGCGGUGUCGGCCUCCAAGGAGCGCGGCGGCGUGUCGCUGGCCGCGCUGAAGAAGUCGCUGGCGGCCGCCGGCUACGACGUGGAGAAGAACAACAGCCGCAUCAAGCUGGGGCUCAAGAGCCUGGUGACCAAGGGCACGCUGCUGCAGACCAAGGGCACGGGCGCCUCGGGCUCCUUCAAGCUCAACAAGAAGCAGGCCGAGGGCCGCGGCCGGGACAGGGCGGCCGCGGCCGGGAAGAAGCCGCAGCCCGCCGCCGCCAAGGCCAGGAAGCCCGCCGCCAAGAAGCCGGCCAGCGCCGCUAAGAAAGUGAAGAAGGCGGUCGGGGCCGCAGCGGCCAAGAAGAGCGUCAAGAAGGUGGCCAAGAAGCCCGCAGCCUCGGCGGCGGGCGGGGCCAAAAAGGCGGCGAAGAGCCCGAAGAAGCCGAAAGCGGCGGCCAGGAAGGCGGCGAAAAGCCCGGCCAAGGCGAAGCCCAAGGCGAAGCCCAAGACGCCCAAAGCGAAGGUAGCCAAAGCCAAGAAGGCGGCGCCCAAGAAGAAGUAGGAGAAAGGCUGCUCUUAGCUGGGACGCGUUCCUUUAAACCCCAACGGCUCUUUUAAGAGCCACCCACAAGCUUCGGAGAAGCGCUGAGUGUCACCAUUGGGGAUGUUUAAAAGGGUGCCGGCGAUGAGUGCCUCGCACUCGGCCCCAUUCAGAUCUCGGGGAAGCUUCCGGUUGCGUUCCCUGUUACGUGCCGUCGUUUCCGCCUUAAUGUCGUACGCCCUUUAGUGAAUGCCUUGUAUGUUGAUUACUCGAGCUUGAUGUGCGUUUCGCACAGAGCAUGUUUUAAUAGCUCACAGGUAAGUGUCAUGUUAAUUUCAAUGAUCGCGCUCCAGAUGACGACGGGUUUCCGAGGACUGGGUAGGAGCAAAUACACCACCAAGUAACUCGAAACAUUUAAAAAAUUAAAAUUACAAGUGAUAUAUUA